AUGUUAUUAAAGGAAGCCGUUAAACACUGCAUGGCUCUUAUAGAAAGAGAAUGGCCGAUUAUACGUUCAGAGGACUGGGACAUAAUGGAAGACGUAUGCAAAGUACUCCAGCCAUUUGAAGAGGUCACUUCUUCAGUAACUGGAGACCAGUACCUCACAGGAAGUAUGGUCAUAGUCAUGACCAACUGCUUGAAGGAUAUUUGUGAAGAUUUUCUUAACAAAGAAGAAUAUUUCGCAUCAUUUAAUCCAGUUGUGAUUGACGUAAUACGGAGUUUAAAACACGGAUUGAGAGAUAGAUUUCAGGGAAUAGAGCACCGCAAGACCUUCGGAGUGUGUACAUUGUUGGAUCCACGAUUUAAACUUGUAUGUUUUAAAAACGAAAGUGCGGCCACCGAAUUAAAAAGGUAUGUCCAUGGCUUAAUAAUAGGCCUUAUAAAAAUUAUAAAUAAGAAUACAAAUUCUGAAGCAAGCACUGAUGAAGUUCAAGAAAAGCUCCGCCAAAAUCUCAGUGCCUGGGACAAAUUUGACGGCUUAUAA